GAGAUUGAAAACACAGUUCAAGCUUCUUUGCUAAAGAUGGAAGUGAGUGAGUACAAUCCGGUCCAGCACGAGAGAGGCUUCCACCAAAAACUGAACUUGCUUGUAAAAGAGAGCUUACAAUUUGGGGCAAUACCUCCUAAAACGAAAGAAGCAACCUCAGAGUCAGGCUCGACCCUACAAGAUUCCUCGGCUGAUGUCCAACCAAUAUUGCCGUUAGAUAUUAAACAUUCAGAAGAUAAAGUGAGUGCAUGCAUUACUGAGGAGUGGGAACAACUUGUUAUAACUGAUGUUUUCAACAUGAAUUCUCCCACUUGUAUGUCCAAGCCAAAGAUGGAUGAAUCACCAUUGCACAACAACAGAGAAGUCGAUGAAAAAACUUCAAGAAUUCUUGAAAGGCUGGAAAUCCCAAGGCAGCUUAAAAGGAAAACAGUUUCACCUACAAUCUCUAGCAGUGUGUGUGCUGAUAUGGGUGCAUCCUUAAAGAAGCCUCUUAUUCCGUAUGGGCCCGUUAAUACUAUCGAUCAAGGUCCAACAGCAAGCCAGCCGAGGAAGCCCAGUUUCCAAAGGAGGAAA